AUGCCGCACACAAAGAACACGCGCUUUAACUUGGCUCAAUUCAUGAAAGCUCGCAAGGUUGCAAGGGAGAAAGCUGUUGAUGAAAAUCGCAAGCUAUCGGCAGAGUACAAAAAAGUCCAGCGAGCCCAAGAAAAGGUGAGAUAAAUUUGUCCAGUAUUAAUGUUUUGGGAAGAUUUUUAUUUUCAAUAUCAGAGAAUAUUGUAACAAAGGAUUAUAGGAAAGUGGUGGAGGUUCAUGUGUAGGGAGGCUUGAAUUUCAAUUUUGACAGGGUAAAGAAAUUCAAAAUAAUAAUAAUGAUAAUAAUAAUAAUAAUUAUAAUAAUAAUAAUAAUUAUUAUUAUUAUUGUAGUUUAUUUUUAUUAUUAUUAUUAUUAUUUUAAUAAGAAUUAUUUUUAUUAUGAACUGGGUAAUCAUGGUUUGUUUAAACCUCGCUGUACUUCUCUACACAAACACUUGUUAAUAUCCCCCCCCCCGCACAAGCUUUUUAUGUGUUUAAACUCUAAAUGACACUUAAAAUUAACCAAUCAGUGCUUAUGAAAUCACUUGUAUAAUAAUUGCUUUCAGUUGGUCACAGUCAGGGAACACUUCAAAGACAUAAAAAAUGAAUUAGAAAAUAUUCCUGUGAGUAUACUCUUGAUUCUUUAUUGUGGUUGUUUUACCAGUACCAGUAAGUAUGCAGCAAAAAACUACUGGGCGCAACCUCCAACUAAGUCUGUAGGUUUGCAGUGAUUAGUGGUUGGAUGAGGUUUAAUUUUAUGCCAAAUUUUAUUAAUAAUGUGAACAGAAAAAUAUUCAAUUUUGUAAAAAUAAAAAAAAAUAUUUUGCAAGUUCAAUUUCGGUGAACUAACCACUUAACACAGAGCCAGUGCCAGAAUGACAGCCAUGGUCAGGCUUCUAUGCCGGUACCUAUGCAAGAAACCUGAGCGAGUGCCUGUGUUCAUUUGGUUAGUAAAGACUGUCAUAAAUGACGGUGUCUCUAAAUUAUUACCACACUCUUAAUUCUUUAUUAUGGUUGUUUUAGCAGUAAGUAUGCAGCAAAAACUGCUGGGCACAACCUCCAACUAAGUCUGUAGGUUUGCAUUGAUUAGUGGUUGGAUGAUGUUUAAUUUUAUACCAAAUUUUCUUAAUAAUAUGAACAGAAAAAUAUUCAAUUUUGUAAAAAUAAAAAUAAAAAAUAUUUUGCAAGUUUAAUUUCGGUGAACUGGCCACUUAACACAAAGCCAGUGCCAGAAUGACAGCCAUGGUCAGGCUUCUAUGCCGGUACCUAUGCAAGAAACCUGAGCGAGUGCCUGUGUUCAUUUGGUUAGUAAAGACUGUCAUAAAUGACGGUGUCUCUAAAUUAUUACCACACUCUUAAUUCUUUAUUAUGGUUGUUUUAGCAGUAAGUAUGCAGCAAAAACUGCUGGGCACAACCUCCAACUAAGUCUGUAGGUUUGCAUUGAUUAGUGGUUGGAUGAUGUUUAAUUUUAUACCAAAUUUUCUUAAUAAUAUGAACAGAAAAAUAUUCAAUUUUGUAAAAAUAAAAAUAAAAAAUAUUUUGCAAGUUUAAUUUCGGUGAACUGGCCACUUAACACAAAGCCAGUGCCAGAAUGACAGCCAUGGUCAGGCUUCUAUGCCGGUACCUAUGCAAGAAACCUGAGCGAGUGCCUGUGUUCAUUUGGUCAGUAAAGACUGUCAUAAAUGACAGUGUCUAAAUUGUAAACAUCAACAUAUUGAAUGUAAGAUUUGGCUAAAUAUCUAUUUUGUUAUCAUCCAACCACAUCUAAUUUAAAUAAUUGUGUUACUACCCAGUGUCUAAUUUAGCAAUAUUUUAGUCACAGGGACAGGUAUCCCAGGCACGAACAAGAAGCCCUACUGCACUUGUCAAUGGAGAAUCAACACUGGGACCAAGGACCGCAAGAAAAAGGAGGCAUGAAACCAUUGAAGCUGCUGCCAAAAUUCAUGGGAGCUCAAACGAACAUUCCUCAGCCUGUUUCGAGGGAAUGUUUGACACUCUGCAAAAGAGAUGCAAGUUAGAUAAGUUAACAAAAUAUGUGACAGAGAACAAGCAGUUGACCAAUAGAAUAGUUUGUAAAGAGUAUAAGAAGAGUGUGUUAGAAUUUGAAAAGUCAGAUGACAACAUUGUUCGAAGUAUUGCAACAUAUUAUGCAAGUGGUGUAAUGGGGAAACGACAGUACAAAAGUGUAAGACUGGUGCUUUCAAUGAAAUCAAAUGAAGGCAAACCAGGGAAAAGAACAAGUAUUUCAAUUUGUAAAGGCUGUAAGGUUCCAAAGCUUCUAACUUAUAGUAACCUUGUAGAACAGUUAAAAACGAUUGACAUUGGGACUGUUCAUGAAAUUGACCCAGACUAUCUAGAGGGCUUAGAAACUGAAAACCAAGUCAAUGGUGCAUAUAGAGACUUGAGACAAUACCUCCCAAUGCUUGCCAAAUUUUAUCUUUCUCAGAACAGAAAAGAAAGUCUGAAAGGCUUUGCAGAAUCAACAGGCACUUUUCAAAUUGCUCUUGGUGGCGACGGAUGCCCAUUUGGCAAAAAUGAGAGCGCGUGUUCUUUCUUAGUCAGUUUCCUCAAUGUUGGAAGAAGGGUGGCAUCAAGUUAUGAUAACUUUCUAAUUUUUGGUGCCAACUGUGAUGAAAGCUCUCCUGUUACAAAGAAAUAUGUGAGGUCAUUAUUACCUCAAAUUGCAGAGUUAGAAAGAGCUAAAUAUGAAUUUGAAGGCAUGAAAUAUAGGUUUAAGCUGGAGGAAUUGCCAAAUGGCAUGAAGAUGCUUGCCAUGUUGGCAGGUGAAUUAACUAUUAGUGCUAAGUAUUUCUCACCCUUUGCUAAUGUUUCAUUAGCUGAUUGUAGGGGUGUCAAGGGUACAUUUGGAACUGAAAGUUCAAACAAGUGGAAACCAUAG